GUAUUGUGAUAUCACAAUCAGCUGUUUGGUACGUUCUAAAUUCUGAUCCAAGGAUCAGCUGGUAGGCAGCAAUAACAGCACAAAAAUCUGCAGGAAAACACAAGUGUCAAACUGCAUAUUUGGUAUCAUAAAUUCAGUGAAAAUGCAGUUUUACGUAUAGCCCUUCUUCUAAGAAGAAAGCCUUUUUAAAUUUUACGAAAUACCUACCUCAUCGAGCAACUAUCUAAAGCUGUGCUUUACGAUUUUUUUGUUUAUUUUUUUAAUGUUUUAUCCAUCACGUUUACACCACUGAAUAACGCUGCGAAGGCAGGCCUUUGCGCACAUACCGAGCGAGACCUUUACUUCUGCACUGCACCAGCCUCCCAGCUUUGAAGCCAGAGAAGGAAACCCGGGGAUCAAGACCGAAGCAAACGACACCAGAGCGGAUUUUCCUAAGAGCCCCAGAUCCCGUCACCCAGCAUGCUCCAGAGGCUCAGCACCCUGUUGUUCGGCGAGGUGGAGGAUGCCUCCACCGACAUCAGCGGACCAAAGCCCUGCGUGAUGGAUGCAGAUGAGGAAGGCUGGCUUCUGGUCAACCUGCCAGGGGAAGGCGCCCCGGUGGAGACGAGGCCCAGUUCCUCGGAGUUGACAGCACCGUUACACUCCUGCGAGGGCGGGGCCAGGGGCAGCUCCUCGUCGAUGGUAGCCCCCCUGCCCUCCCCCUCCUGUAAUCACCACAGGACUAAAAUUACCACCACAAAAUCACUGGAGCGCUCGCCGCCGGCGCUGCCCGACAGCUCGGUGUACGGACCGCUGCUGGCUGGCUCCUCCCCUCGCACCCCUGGCUCCACGCCUGCCCCCCCAGGCCCUCGGAGUGACUGUAGCUGUGCCCCUGACCACUGCUGCAUGGAUGAGAGCUGGUUUGUCACCCCUCCCGCCUGUUUCACCGCAGAAGGGGCCACCGCUGAAAGCAGCCCUAUAGAAGACCUGCUCAUCGAGCAUCCCAGCAUGUCCGUGUACGUCGCUCUCGGAAACCAGUCCGUCCAGGACAGCGUGGCCAGCCUGACGGGCAGCGUGAGGGUGGCGGAGGCUGUACCGCCGGCAUCUCAGGACAGCGCCCCCCGCAGGAUCCCCCGUGGAGCCGCGGCCAAGGCCGGGGCAAUGGUCAAGGUCACCCAGGUGACCCGCGUGCAGCGGGCGAAAGCCAGAGCCGAACGGCGCCACCUCGCCCGCAACCGGGUCCAGCGGCAGAACCGCGUGCGAGAGCAGGCCUCCCGUCGGCCCGCUCACACGCACGGCACCUACCUGCGCCAGCCGUGCCAGCGCACCCUCAACCACUGAGGCGCCGCCUGGGGGUGGGGUGGGGGGGACAAUGUUUACACUGAGGGCAUUAUCACACCUCCCCACGACACGCUAGCCCCAACAUCGCCCUCUUUUAAAAACCUAGUUGUCCCGUCAUUUUAGCCAGCCCUGUAUAGCUCUCACUAGAACUUUAAAAAGACAAGUUACUUAUUGUGUUAUACGCAUCUAACAUGACAUUAAUUAAUAUUAUGGUUGUGUGGUCAUGUCCUAGAAGGGCUGUAGGUUCUGGGGGUCUUUGUUGUGCCCCUGCACAACCUGCAGCCCUCUUCCAGUAUGAGUGAAACCCCCUUAUUUUUGAUACUUAAUCAGUCUCAUGUUCCCGUUCCUCUGCUGUAGUAAGAAGUGACUAGUUGACUCUAAACUCCUGGUCAGACCUGACUUGGUCCCAGUCUGAUUUGAAGUUUUUUUUUUUCUUUUGUCACAGAAACCAGCUCAAAUUGGCGAAGUAACUGUUUUGUAGAAGGGAGGCUGAUUAGCGAUGGGGAAAGAGUAUAAAUCGCUGUAAACUGCUUCUGCAGGUCAAGGAGAGGUUUUCCACCAAAGAUACGUGGUGAGCAUGUGACCAGGAUCCCGUGUGCUUGUGACAUGUGACCCCAGGACUGGGUUCAUUAUCCAGAGGUGUUUGGCAGGAAGGACGGCAAAAGUGGUGCAGAUUGUUUACUUACAUUCAGACAUUGAAUAUUCUCGUUUGUUUUUUUGUAUUGUAACUACUAGAAAGGCAUUGUGGGAAAUACGGCACCUGUCUCCUGUGUGUCUGCUAAGGGUACGGCCCUGUUCAUUCAAGUCGCAUGCAGGGCACUACAAAAAAAUAAAAAUAAAACAUUCAGGAUUAACACAGCAGAGGGAAGGUUUUGUGGCAGUGUGGGCAAAAGCAUGUAGCAGAAGGUGAGAGGAAGAGGAUAUGAGGGGGUUAGGGGAAGGUAAAGAGGAAGAAGAGGUUAAGCGUUUAGUGUGACUCUUGGUGUCAUUUUCAUGCAUUUGGUCUCUUAGAGAAUGAGGAAAUGCCCGGCUCAGACAGAGGCUAACUGGAAUCUGUACAUUGGGAAUCCUCUGUAGCUGGAAAGGAGAAUGUUGUAUGAAGUUGUGCUAGAGAAGCUGACGAGUGGAAUUAAAGAUCGCUGCGUGUGUCGAUCGUAUAUGUCGACGUCGCUUUUUGUUGUCACGGAGAAGCCCGUUUGAGGCUACCUGCAGUCACCUUCAAGUCCAAAUCCUAGGGUCAUUUCCGAAAGCCUGUCCUUGGACAGUAAGGGCAAAGGUUAAGACCUAUUUCCUACCGGUACUGCAGCCAGGCAGGUGUGUAUUAUGGAAUGACCAGGCCCACUGCGUCACUGUGAAAUGUAAAUACCUGCGAUGCGCCAUGCGUUUCUGCUCUUUUCAUAGGAUCGUGCCACGCAACAUUCUUGAUGAAUCCUACAUUAUGCCUCUUAAUUCCAGCCGUGCCGAUCAGUAUUUACGGUAUGUGCAAGAACAGAGAUAUCCGCAUCUUUUAUAACGUAAAACAAUUACUGGUAUUUUAAUGCAUUUUUUUUUUUUUAACCCAACCCAAAAUGGAAUGACUGACUCUGCCCCCCCCCACCCCCGCCUGUUUAGUACAACAAUGCAAAUGUAUAGUAUCACUAUAAUAUAUAUUACAUUUACACUGGUAAUGAGAAGUGUAGAAGCAUUAUGGUGCUGAAGGAAAUUUAAUAUAUGCUAAAGUAUGUGAAUUAAUGAGAUAUGGAUGUAAGUCUUAUAUUUCUGUGAUUGAGAUAUUUUUUAGAAGUGUGAUGUGUUCUAUUACUUUCUAUAAACAGAAUACAAAAGGGAUAGGCUGACCUGUAGGAGCUUCUGACGAAACUGAAUCGCUAGGCUUACAAUUAUUACGUAUUUAAAUGUAUUUUUAAAUGUUACACCUGCUACUUUGAAGGUCAAACUCUCAGGAGAUCUUUUACACAAUCCCAGCUGGUGUCAGUACUGAGCAUUCAUGCAAAUUAGGCUUGUAAGACUCACAUUCCAGCCUUACUGUGAGCGCAUCUGUGGAGUUGAAGUAGAAGUUUUUCUAUUUGCUGCAGAAGCACGCCAGAUGUGCCACGAGGCUGCCCCCUAGUGGCAAGUAAGGGGACUGGCGAUGGCAAACCUACGUCCCCGCCUUGACGGCGGGAUUUAAAACACUGAAUGUGGCUGAUUGAUAGUUUAAGUAAGUGGCGUAGUGCAGCAGCCUUAGGGAAAUUUGUAAGCUAGAGAGUGACUGAUUUUCCUUAGAAUACAAUAACUGACCUUUCUAUAGUAACACAGUAGUUAAAAUUGCAUAGGAACGUUAUUCUUCCUCCUUUUGAUGGCUUUAUUUUCCUGUUUUAAGAGUCGCAGUGGUGAAGCCCUCGCUGGCUAGCACUUGUAGCAUUUCGGAGUCCCUGCAUGUGUGGGCAACCAUAAUCUCCCGGACCUGGACUCCUUUCUCACUCGUUACCAAAUCACAGUGCCUCAUCAGCAGAGUGCGUGACUCGCCCGUUAGAGAUUUCCAUUGGAGCUUAUAGGAGCCAAUGGGCAUGGAGCUGGGACUGGGCGGGGACUCCCACACCUGCACUAUGAUUGGUCAACCUGGGUUCACCACAGUGCUCAUCUGCUUCCAUCUUUGGCACCCCCUCUAUACAGUUGUUUUAUUAUGGGAUGUGGUGACUGGUGGUGGUGAAACACCUGUAAGCAUGUGUAACCUGCGUGGCAUGAGACAUUGGGGGGAAAGGUUAGAUUUAAAACUGAAUGAAACUGAACAAAAAAAGCUUGUAUUUUUCCUAAAUCGUUUAGACAGUAGCGAUAAGUAAUUUAUAAAUGGGGGGGGGGGGAUUCAUAUUGUGUUUCAAUUGCUUAAAAACAUGGCAGCUUGAAAAUGUAAACAGAACACAUAAUAUAGUAAUAUAGGGAGUGAUGUAUAUGUUGGGUAAUCCCCUCCAUAGGAACACGCCCCCCCCGCCCCCCCCCCCCAGAAAAAAAGUGUAGAAAAACUGGGUGUAUCUGAUAUCUAUGGUGAUUGUGCCUUUCAUUCGUCUGCAUGGGUUUAGUGACUUUUUUUUACUGUCCCAGUUCCUGCAUCCCAAUUGGACAGCAGUCUUGAACAGUAAAAACCUAUGCAAACAACAGACUCGGUUCCUGCAGUCAGUCUGGAACGCAGGUGCCAGGCAAAAAUCUCAAUAAACGCUCAGGUUGA